AUGCUGGGGCGGACAGCGGGAGUGGCCCCUCCACGCGCGCCGUUCCCACCUAGUCGGCCAUGCCAGGCGGGCAGCAGGGGGUCCACGGUCGGCCCGCGAGGGCCCACGCGGCCGCAGGCGCACCUAGGCCCCGCAGAGAUCGACGCGCUGUCGACGCUCGGCGACCUCCUGCACGGCGCGGCGCGGCUGGACCUCACCGCUGCGCACCACGCGCCCACGCUCACGGAGGCCGCGGCGGCAGUGACGCAGCACGCGCCCCUCGGGUACGAGAUGGUGGUGCCGCAGUGCUCGCAGAUGAACUGCGGCGACACCAUCUACCGCUCCACGCUCGACCCGAAGCUGCGCAUGGAGGAGCGCAGCGUCGACGUCCCCGCGCUGCUCGCCGUCGUCGUGCCAACGCUCGUGUACCUCAACCUGCGCCCGGGCGUGCUCCCGGGGUUCGUCGACACCUUCUUCAAAGCGCCUCAGCAGCGGCGGUCGCUGCCCUACUUCGUGCUGUCGGACUUCAAGAACCGGCGGAAACUGGGGUCGGGGGCCUUUGGGGAGGUGUACCGCGCGCAGGUCGACACUGACUCAGGGGAGCCGCGCGAAGUCAUCCUGAAGCGCGCCACGGAGUUCGGCGAGGCCGAAGUGUACAUGAACGAACGCUGCAUGCGCGCGUGCCCCGGCGCAGUGGCGCAAUUCAUCACGGCGUUCGACGAGACCGGCAAGGUCGGCGACCCCCUGUGGCUCGUGUGGCAGUACGAGGGCGACUACACGCUGGCGGACCUCCUGGCGAACCGCGGGUUCCCCCAGACCGCGGAGAAGGUGCUGUUCAAGCGGGAGCUCAAGAUCCCGCGCGGGCCCCUGCGCGACCAGGCCGUGGUCGUGGAGAUCCUGCAGCAGCUGCUCGAGUGCCUCGAGGCGCUGCACUCGAUCGGGCUGGUGCACCGCGACGUCAAGCCGCAGAACAUGAUCCUGUCGACGGCCGAGCGCAAGGUGAAGCUGAUCGACCUGGGCGCGGCCGCGGACCUCCGCGUGGGCAUCAACUACCAGCCCGACGAGUACCUCCUCGACCCGCGCUUCAGCCCCCCGCAGCAGUACAUCAUGUCGACCACGACCCCCCCCGCGCCGAGCGUGAACGGGUUCGCCGCGCUGCUCUCGCCCGUGCUGUGGAACAUCGGCCUCCCCGACCGCUUCGACAUGUACAGCGUCGGCCUCGUGCUGUGCCAGAUGGCCUUCCGCGGCCUGCGCACCGACACCAACCUGAUUGCCUUCCGGCGGCGGCUCGAGGCGCUGGACUGGGACCUCGAGGCGUGGCGCCGCGACGUGGAGACGAAGAAGCUGCGCGCGUACGACGACGGGUUCGCGCUGCUCGACGCCGGGGACGGGUCGGGCUGGGAGCUCCUGACGCAGCUGAUGCAGAAACGCCCCGAGGACCGCCUCUCCGCGAGGCAGGCGCUCGAGCACCCCUUCCUCACGGGCGUGCGCGGGCCAGGCAAGGCGGCGCAGGCGCUGCAGCGAGCGGGCGCGUCCGUGGGCGGGCUGUUCGACGACGAGCUGGUUGCCGAGAUCUCCCGGACGGGCGAGAGGUUCGGGGGGUUCACGGAGGCGUCGUUGCAGCAGCAGCUGGAGCAGCUCGGGGAGCACAAGGACGCGCCGCUGGAGCCGCGGGUGUCGCAGACGCUGGCGUACUGGCGGUCGCGGCAGGCCGCGAUGGAGCGGCAGUCGCGGCAACGGACCAUGGAGCGCGCGCUGCGGAUGCGCCGGAAGCAGAUCAACGAGAGCGGGUCGCGGAACGGCGCCCGGCCGACUGCGGUGAAGGUCGGGGGCCUCCUCGACGGCCUCUUCAAGAGGGAAAAGAAGCAGUAG